CCUACUAUUCUAAGUUCAGGCUAAAGCACCCUUACCUAGUGUGCUCGUGUGCAAGACUUUUCAAGUUUCAGUACUACUAAUAUUCUUCAUUUCAUUCACAGUAGUAUAUUUCUUCUCUCUAUCCAUCUCUAAUGGCUACUGGGAACGGUGGUGGUUCUGGUUCACCUUGUGGUGCUUGUAAAUUUUUGAGAAGAAAGUGUGCGUCAGAUUGCGUGUUUGCACCGUAUUUUUGUUCUGAACAAGGUCCGGCUCGGUUUGCGGCGAUUCAUAAGGUUUUUGGUGCUAGUAAUGUUUCCAAGUUGUUAUUACAUGUACCUGUUCCUGAUCGGUGUGAAGCUGUUGUUACAAUUGCUUAUGAAGCUCAAGCAAGAGUUAGAGAUCCUGUCUAUGGCUGUGUUGCUCAUAUUUUUGCACUUCAGCAACAGGUGGCAUGUUUACAAGCUCAACUUAUGCAAGCGAAAUCACAAUUGGUGAACAAAGUUGCCGCUGACACACGGUCGUCACUAGAGAAUCAUAAUUGGAUGGAAAACGUUGCUGCUGCUGCAGCUGUAACAUCUCAACAUAUGAGCUACCCAGCUACGUAUAUGCGGUCUUCGGUUUCUCCUCAGAGUUCACUGGAAUCAGUUGACAAUAGUAACUGCAGUAAUAAUAUUGAUAUAUCAUCAAUGCAAGGAAUGCAUUAUACAAGCAGCGACAGGGAUAGUGGUUAUAAUACGAAUGACCACCUUCAUUCGUAUCAACCUUAUAACAAGAAGAGAAUGAUUUCUAAUAAUGAGUUGGGUGAACUUCAAGCUUUAGCUCUUAGGAUGAUGAGGAAUGAUUUCUAAUAAUAAUAAUUUUCUAAUAAUUCAUUAUGAAAAUUAUGAAUUUUAUCACCUUCUUUUUCCCCCUCUCUCGGAGGAUAUGCCACUAUUAGCCUGGUGUUGUUUUUCUUUGUACAUAGAAAGUAAAAGAAUAAUACUGUAAUCCGAAAACCCGGGCAUGGUCAUUUUUUUACUUGAAACAUGAGACUACUGGAGGUAAACUGUUUGAAGUUUAAUUAGUGUUUUUAAUGUUUAAGAGUAAGUUCCAUGGCACUGGUAAGACCCAUCAACACACAAACAUGCAUUACCGGGUGAUGAUGCAGUCGGCGAACGGCUCUUUGGAGGUGAUGAUUUUUCUGCAAGGUUAGGAUCAGAAAUCCUAGCUUGUGUUGACAUUACAAAUCAUUGUUUUGCCAAUUUCUUUACCCCUUUGCUAGGACUAAUAUUUUGCGAUUGCCCAAUUCUAAUGUGUAUUUCUCCAAAGUUGUGUAGUAAUAUUUUUCAAAGUUGUGUAGUAAUUGAAAAUUCUCCAGUAUCUCUCAAA